AGAAGAAGAAUCUGUACGCAAAGUUUUCACUUGUUUAUUCUUUCUUUCUCCAUCGCCGCCGCCGGAAAUCUCGUCCCAGAUCCAAAGGAAACACUCGCGUAAACUAGACAUUAUGUAAUCAGUGAAGAAGGAAUGGGUCUUUCUUCAUUUUCAUCCUCAGUUUUCAAAUAAUCUAUAUCCCCCCUGCAUCCACCUUCCUUGAUAAUCAUUCAUUCAAAAGAGAUGGCGGAGAAAGAUUCAUCUUCUUCUUCAUCAUCUUCAUCGUCCUCUGUAUCGGAUGUCGGCGCUUGGGCGAUGAACGUAAUCAGCUCCGUCAGUCUUAUAAUGGCAAACAAACAACUCAUGUCUGCCGGCGGCUAUGGUUUCACUUUUGCCACAACAUUAACGGGUUUCCACUUUACAAUGACGGCCUUAAUCGGACUGAUUUCAAAAGCUGCCGGUUAUUCCGAAUCAACCCAUAUCCCCUUUUUUGAACUUUUAUGGUUCUCUUUAGUCGCCAAUAUGUCAAUUGCAGGAAUGAAUUUCAGUCUCAUGCUUAACUCAGUUGGGUUUUAUCAGAUUUCAAAAUUGAGCAUGAUUCCUGUGGUUUGCGUAAUGGAAUGGAUCCUUAACGGUAAACAUUACACUAAACAAGUCAAAUCAGCCGUCGUUAUCGUCGUCGCCGGCGUCGGCGUUUGCACUGUAACUGAUGUCAACGUUAAUGGAAAAGGUUUCUUCUUCGCCCUUGCCGCCGUUCUCUCCACUUCAUUUCAACAGAUCUCAAUUGGAUCUUUACAGAAGAAAUACUCGAUCGGAUCAUUUGAAUUGCUAAGCAAAACAGCACCAAUACAAGCCAUUUCUCUCAUCGUUUUCGGUCCAUUCCUUGAUUCAUUCCUGACGGGUCGAUCUAUAUUCAACUAUCGUCUCUCUUAUGGAGCUCUCAUGUUCAUUCUGCUGUCGUGUUUGUUAGCGGUAUUCUGCAAUAUGAGUCAGUAUCUGUGUAUAGGUCGUUUCUCGGCGGUUUCAUUUCAGGUUUUAGGGCAUAUGAAAACAGUGUUUAUUCUUGUAUUGGGUUGGUUACUUUUUGAUUCGGAAUUGACGAUGAAGAAUGUUGUUGGAGUGGCGGUGGUAGUUGUCGGAAUGGUAUUGUAUAGUUGGGCUGUAGAGGCCGGAAAACAAGAUGAUGCUCUGAAAACCACCGCCGGCAAACAAAACAGCUUAUCGGAAGAUGAUGUAAAGCUGUUGAGCGAGAGGAUCGAGGAGGACGAAGAUGAUGAUGAUCAUAAGGUAGUUAAAGAUAUUGAGCUUGGCCAAUCCAAAUAGUAAAUGUUUUUGAAUUAACAUUUUGUUUCUUCUUCUAAGAAGAAUUAUUGG